AUUUGCAAUUGUUCUGAUUGCUAUUUGACAUUAUUAUUAAUUAAAAACAUGUCGCUGCUGCACAAACUAAGCCGAGUUACACUGCAGGUCAAUGUAUAUCGUCAGAUUUGCGGCACACAACGUGCAUUAAGCAAUGAGACAACCACAAAGGAUACCAAUCCGACCGAGGAUGAGUUGGAAAUCAGAAGCAAAGGCGGCUUUGCCCGGGCCUUUGAGAAAUAUACGGCGCCUGCAGCACCAGAGGCAGCUCCAGUGGACAAUCAAAGCUUUGCCUCACUGCUGCGCAACUCCAAGUUCAUUGACCUGGGCGCUGCUGAGGGCAAAGUGGUCAGUGGCAAAAUAUUCAAUGUUGUCGGCGAUGAUCUUUACAUAGAUUUCGGCUGGAAGUUUCACUGUGUGUGCAGCCGACCAACGCGCAAUGCCAGUGACUAUGUGCGAGGGGCACGUGUGCGUCUGCGUGUCAAAGAUUUGGAGCUGUCCACUCGUUUCUUGGGCUCUAACAAGGAUAUAACCAUACUGGAGGCAGAUUGCCAACUGCUGGGCCUGAUCUCGUCGCCCACACGCCAAGCGGCCACAACACAGCCCCGAAGCACAUUUACAGCACCAAGAAUGGACGCAUUGCUCUAAGUAAUUACAUCUAUUGUCCAGUUGAGAAUAACAUAUAAAAUAAUAUAUAUACACAUAAUGUUUGUUAAGCGGUUGUAAA